AAAAGAGGCUUUAACCACAUUUAUCCUUUAUUUUGAACAUGAAAGAAGACAUAAGCCUUCACGCUCUUGUGGAAGCAACAUCUCAUGAGCCUUUGGAGUAUACUAUCUAUGACCACUCUUCUUUUUCAGGUCUUUAUCAUCCUCGUAAUAUCUGUGUCAAUGAUCCUACUGAACAGUCUUCCCGUUGGUCUUCUGGCUCACACGAUCAGUCACAGUAUAUUACGAUUCAACUUGAUAAACCUACAGUUGCAUGCGAGAUAUUGUUUGGAAAAUUUCAUCGAAGCCAUGUAUGUAACCUGAAAGAAUUCAAGAUCUACGGCGGUCUAUCUCCCGACACAAUGCAUGAACUAUUGCACAAAGGUUUAGUGGAUGAUAAUAAAGCAGAGAUCUUUCCUCUUCGAUAUAUAUAUCAAGAUGUGAUCUUUCCUAUACAAUACAUUAAAAUCAUACCCUUGGCUACAUUUGGUGCCAAUUUCAACUAUAGUAUUUGGUAUGUGGAAAUUAGAGGUAUUCGAGAUGAUGCAUUGAUGGAAAAAGUAUAUGAAGCCUAUGAUAAAUAUAAAGAAAUGGAAGCCAUUCGAUUAUGUCUCAAGUAUUUUAGACAAAAGAAUAUGUUGGAUGUGUAUUCUGUAUUACAACAAAAAGUCAAAUUAGAUCUAGAGCACCCUCUUGUCAGUGAAUUACAUGAUACACUUGUCUCUAAAGGAGAUUUUAAAUCAGCAGAAGAAAUUAUUAUCAAGGCAGAUAAACAGCAUGUAUUUCAGUCCUAUGUAAAAGAAGCAAAAUACUUGCCUACUUGGCAGUCCAUUACUGCAUUUAAUGAUGAUGGAGAUGCACCCUGCGCUCGAGGAGGACAUCAGAUCUGUAUGGAUCCAGAUAAAGAGCGUAUCUACUUGUUUGGUGGAUGGGAUGGUAAACAAGAAUUAUCUGAUUUUUGGUGUUAUCAUAUCAAAGAUAAUCGAUGGAAAUUGAUCAGUCCAGAUACUUCUCUGCAAGGUGGUCCCUCAGCUCGUUCAUGCCAUGGUAUUUGCUUUGAUCCGGUUCGAAAGUCAAUUUAUGUGAUUGGAAGAUACAUUGAAGCAUGUCCUCUCAGUAUUUCUACUGUAUCAGAAGGACCUCUAAAAGGAUUUGAAUCUGAUUUCUAUCAAUACUUUAUUGAACUGGACCGUUGGAUAAAAAUCAGUGAGAAUACAUUGCUGGACGGUGGUCCUGCUUUGUUGUGUGAUCAUCAAAUGUGUGUUGAUCCUGUCACAAAAACAUUGUAUGUGAUUGGAGGACGUAUUGUGGCACCUGAAUCUAUAGCACAUCCUUACAGUGGAUUUUAUGCUUAUGAUAUGGACGAAUGUCUUUGGCGUGUGAUUAGACAUGAAGAACGUACCACAUCAUCUGCCUGGUUAGACAUGGACCAUCUUGUGCCUGUUGGACGUCGUCACUCAAGCAAUGGAUCGUAUGUUCCUUCACCCACUAUAUCCCGAGUAUUCAAAUCUCGAGCAGGUCAUUCUGUCUUGAUGGACACGAUUCAUCGCUGUCUCUAUAUCUUUGGUGGACAGCGAGGCAAAGAAUUCUUGGUUGACUUGUAUUGUUAUGACCUUGAGAAAGAAACACUGGUUGAAAUCACGCAUGAUUUUCAAAAGCUGUUUGGAUCCGAUGCAGGCUAUACACAGCGCGCUACAAUUCACCCUGAACGACAAGAGAUCCAUGUCUAUUCAGGCUAUUUACAGACAAAACCCACGCAUGUGGUUCGUCAUUGUCUUUGGGUCUAUAGUAUCAAGCAAAAUCAUUGGGAAAAGGUCUAUGAAAGUGAUUCCCAAGAUUAUUGGCAACGUCAGAAACAUAUAGAACCUCAACCAAGAUAUGCACACCAAUUUGUCUACCAUUCCAGCUCAAAUACGCAUUUCAUAUUUGCUGGUCAUCCAGGUGAUGCCACACAACCUGAACUGCGUCUCAAUGACUUUUGGAAGCUUAGACUAGCAAAGCCAGAUUCAGCUCAAGUCGUCCAUCGAUGUCUGUAUCUACUGAGGACAAGAAAGCUUAGGGAACUAUGUUUAGAAGAUAAUCAGGAGAUAGGGACUAUCUUGGACUAUUUAAGACGCUAUGUAUCUCCUAUUGUCAAUUAUGAGGAUAAGGAAGAAGUAGCUCAAUUCAAGAGUCUAUGUGCUGAUGUAUGUCUAUCUGUUGAGACAAAGCAAGAUAAAUCAAUACAAGAUACUUGUUUUGCAGAACGAACAAACGUAUUUCAGGCCUUAUUGACCUUUUUCCCAGCCCAUAUGAAAGAACCUGAGAGUAGCUUAAUGGACGCAGUCAAAAUUGCUUAAACCAUGAUAAACAUAAUGAUUCAUGAAUGAUGCUAUCUGAUAUAUAUAUAUAUAUGUAUUUAUCCAAUAGGUCUAUAUAAACUAUAACCCUUUCUUGUGUGUGUGUGUGUGUGUGUGUGUUUUUUUUUUACAAUGGUUGUUACAAACAGAAAUAAAG